GUAGCAAAAAUGCAGUGACAACUAGAACAAAUCAAGCUGUUAAAAUAAAUAAUUAACGGAAAAUUUAAAAUAAUUUCAAAGUGUUAAAUAUUUCGUAAAAACUAUAAUUAAACCAACUCGUAUUUAAAGUUGGAUUUAUGUCAAAAUAAAAAUUAAACUUUACAGUGUUUAAAAUAAUUCUCUGAAAUAAAUUUAUCAAGUCAAAUCAUCUUAAUUAUAACAAUAUUUUUGUAAUUAAAUUAAAAAAAAACAAGUUUGUUAGUUAUAUAAUUGAAAAUAAAUUCUAUUGAAAAUACCACUUCAUACAUAUUCAUCAAAUAGAUAUUAUCGUGAACAGACAGUUGUUGUUUACAACAAUGAGGAUUGAGAUGAGUAUUUUUCUGGUGCUACUUUUUGGCUGCAUUCAUUUUGCCAGAUGUCAAGUUCCUUUCCCUAAUAGCUGUCCUGAAGUUAAAAUAGUAGAAACGUUCGAUUUGGAAAGGUACAUGGGCACCUGGUAUGAAUAUUCGAAGUAUCCCUUUAUAUUUGAGGUGGGACAAAAGUGCCAACAGGCAGUUUAUAAAGAUGAGGGAAACUCCACCAUAUCAGUGGUUAAUACAGGAGUUUAUGUAAUAAUCAAUAAACCUAAUAGUGCUGUAGGAAGUGCCAAAGUUUUGGGUCCCGGACAAUUGGCAGUAGAAUUUAGAAAUCAACAAGUUGAUACCCCCAAUUAUUUGGUAUUAGGAACAGACUAUGAUAACUGGGUUGUUGUCUACAGCUGUAAAAAUAUCAGUUCAUAUGGUCAUGCCAAAUUACUUUGGAUCUUAACUCGUCAACGUCAGCCCACAGAGGAAGCCAUUUCAGCUGCUAAACGCGUCAUUCAAGAAAAUAAACUGUCCGAGACAUUCCUCAUAAAAUCAACUCAAACUGAUUGCCCUAAUAUUCUUGAAGCCACCACCGAUGACGAUCAAAUUGCAGAAGCCUCAUCUACUACCGCAGAUGAUCAGUCUACUCUAGAUUUUUCAUCAACUGAAAGAGUCAUAGAAUCGGCAUGAAAUUUGUUUAUGCGUCUUUUAAGGCGCAUAGUUGAUGUUAUUAUGAGUUUUAUACGUUUCAUGAGCACAAGCUUUUUCAACAUGUAAUUGAUAUGUGGUUUAAUUACUUAUGUAAAAAUGUGUUUUCUCUUCUAUAAUUAUAAUAUGUUUAUAAAUACUAACAUACAAAUAUUUAUAUUUCUAUGAGUGUGCAUAAAAUUUAUAACUUAUUAAGUUGUUUGAUAAAACAAAUAAUUAAUUUACGAAAUUUAUGAGCAAAUUGUAUAAAAACAUAAUAUUGGUUUUAUUGAUGAAUACACAAUUAUGGUGUUGUCAGGCAAAGCAACGACAAUUAAUUAUUAAAAUUUA